GGUUGAUCAUAGUUGGAUAAAAAAUUACAGCCACACUAAACGUAACAGCUCAUUCUCAAAUCCCAGCGUCACUAACCAAUAAUAUAACGCCACGUUGUACAGACCAUGCCUCAGCUUUUACUUUCUUGAGGAAAACCGAUUUUUUAUUGGCAGUUAUAAACCUUACGUCACCGUCAUGUCCUCACGACUUUUAACCUGCUCCAGUGCUCAAUAACUCGACCAUGGCUUCCCUCCUCCGGUAAAGCCCUAAAGUUUGCAAAGUUAUCAAAAUCCCCAAAUAUUUCUCUAUCUCUCGCUCUCUCUCUCUUCGGGCUACCCUUACCUUCUCCGAUCUGCGAGAGGGGGAAAUCGCUGUAACUGGGUUUUGAUUGCGGAGAAGGGUCAUUUUGGAUAAAGCUUUCGUUUUAGAGUUUUAACUAAAGAUGAAGAACGUUGAGCGUGUAGCGAAUUUGGCUUUAGCAGGUUUAACAUUAGCACCCCUUGUUGUGAAGGUAGAUCCUAAUUUAAAUGUUGUUUUAACUGCCUGCCUCACUGUUUUUGUGGGCUGCUAUCGAUCGGUGAAGCCAACGCCGCCUACUGAGACAAUGUCAAAUGAACAUGCCAUGCGCUUCCCUUUUGUUGGGAGUGCGAUGCUGCUAUCGCUAUUUUUACUCUUUAAGUUCUUAUCCAAAGACUUGGUUAACGCUGUAUUGACAAGCUACUUCUUUGUUCUUGGGAUCAUUGCUCUCUCGGCAACAUUGUUACCUGCUAUCAAACGUUAUUUACCUAAGCAUUGGAAUGAGGACCUUAUAGUAUGGCGCUUUCCAUAUUUCCGCUCUUUGGAGAUUGAGUUCACAAGAUCUCAGGUUGUUGCUGCAAUCCCCGGAACCUUUUUCUGUGCAUGGUAUGCUUCACAGAAGCAUUGGCUUGCUAAUAAUAUAUUAGGCUUGGCCUUCUGCAUUCAGGGAAUUGAAAUGCUUUCUCUAGGGUCUUUCAAGACUGGUGCCAUCCUCUUGGCUGGACUUUUUGUGUAUGAUAUUUUCUGGGUUUUCUUCACCCCAGUUAUGGUUAGCGUUGCGAAGUCUUUCGAUGCUCCUAUAAAGCUUUUGUUUCCUACAGGGGAUUCUACACGCCCAUUUUCUAUGCUUGGACUUGGUGACAUAGUGAUCCCUGGUAUUUUUGUAGCCCUGGCUUUGCGAUUUGAUGUUUCUAGAGGGAAACAAGGCCAGUAUUUUAGGAGUGCGUUUUUGGGUUACACAUUUGGCGUGGUUCUUACCAUUGUAGUAAUGAACUGGUUUCAGGCUGCACAGCCUGCGCUGUUAUAUAUUGUCCCAGCUGUUAUUGGUUUUCUGGCCGCACAUGUUAUAUUUAAUGGCGAAAUCAAACCGUUGUUGGAAUUUGACGAGUCAAAAGCCUCUCAAGAAGAUGAAGAUGACAAAGUUAGCAGCAAGAAGGAGGAAUAGUUUGAGAAGCUCAUAACCUAAAACUUCCCUUUUUAGAUGAAUACUUUUUUUUUUUUAUUAUCAACUUUCUUCUUUUUCUUAUUUCCAAGGUCCCAAAACGGCCUUAGAGAACGCAUUUUGGCUAAUUCUUAUGCUGCUCCACACCCCAUGUAACAGAUUUGUUAAUGAAGGAAAUAAUAUAUUUUCAGCUUAUAAUA